ACACACUUCAACCACUGGUUGGUCAUCGUUCGUUCUUCGUCGACUGGCAUGAGCGCAGGGAACAAAUAAAAAGAGCCUCCCGGAUGGAUGGGUGGAACAAAUGUGUCGGCCUGGCGGCGGCACUGGUGGCACUGGCCCUGGUGAGCAGCCUUCCACCGCCAGUCGGCUCGAAUGUCACCGAAACACGCCCAAAGGCCGGCGGUCGCGAUCGCUCUCAGGCCACGGCGAUAGCGUCCCUUUCAUCCGCCUCGAUAGCGGCCGCACUCGCAUCACGUCACGCCAACAACGGCAACAACAGCGGAACCAGCGGGAACCACGGUGGAAGCGGAACCGGAAGUGGCAACCCGAGCGGAACCGGACCCGGCAGCGCGGGAAAAUGUAAUAUCGCGCAGUUGCGCUGCGCCAACGGGACCUGCAUACCGUCGUCGAAAUUCUGCGAUGGCAAUUUCGAUUGCCUUGAUAAGAGCGACGAGCCGAAAUCUUGCACAGCGUGCAACCGCACCCUACACGGUGAAGCCGGACGAACGUACGAGCUCCAGCUGCAGAACCCCGACGGCGCGUAUCCCUUCGUGUGUCACCUGAACUUUACGGCCUCGGGAGGCCAGUACGGUGACAUCGUGCAGCUUAAUCUGGCCAAGUUCAGCAUCGGCAAGUACGUGGAGAACUUUCACGACCUGAAGCAGCACGGCGAGUGUAUGGAAGGAUUCAUGACGAUCAGCGAGCAGGGUCUACCGCACCUGAAUGGCAAAUGGUGCGGCACGGCAUCGGGCUACACGAUAUACUACAGCGAGACACGGUCGGUGAACGUGACACUGCGCCUCGAUAAGCUACCGCAGGCGAGCAGUGGCGUAUCGAACGGGUUCGAGUUUCGGUUGAUCUACAAGUUUCUGCGGCACAGCGACGCCAAGCUCAGGAAUGACAACCGGAUAUGGAACGGCGAGCUGAUGCCAGGCAGCUACUGCAAUCGGAACUUUUACGACUGCGACAAAAGGACCUGCCGAAUACGAUCGCCCAACUAUCCCGGCAUUUAUCCGCGCAAUCUAACAUGUAAAUAUUAUAUUAAUCACCGAGCGCCCCCGAGCGGGCUGCAUGCGAUGAUCGUCCUGCGCCAGCCGGACGGACACAAACUGAACAUGAAGGAGCAGGCAACGCACCACGAGGCGAACAACCGGAUUUUAAGGAGCUGGGAGCAGUGUGACGAGGCGCAGGAUUAUCUCAGCAUCUACGAUGGUGCCGCGGUGGAAGCACCAGCCAUCGGGCGGAUCUGCGGUGGAGACGUCCUUCCGGACAUCGUCUCGAGUGGGCCGGAGAUGCGUGUCGAGUUCCACACGUCCCCGUUCGACGUGCCGUUCCAUCCGAAUCCUGUCACCUUUUUGCCCGGGUUCGAGCUCGAAAUCCACGUGCUGUACGUGAACUCCAACUCGCAGUCGUACAUUCGACAGCCCGGCCGGUGUGAAUUCAUCGUGAGCGCGUUCGAAAGCCAAACGGGCGAGCUGGAGAGUCCGCAGCAUACGCUGCCCCCGGAAAGCGCCUGUCUGUACCACUUCCAGGGACGCCGGCACGAGACAGUGUGGGUUUCGUUCAUCAAGUACCACUCCGCGAUCGAUCCGACUGGCUUCGAAUCUCCAGCCGAAUGUGUCACACAACUUCGCAUCUGGGAUGGUCGGUGGUCAGUGACAUCACGGCCGUACGGUGCACCUCCGGAGUAUCAACGAAACGCGAGCCUGAUUGAGCAGAUUUGUCGCGAGGAGGUUCCUCGAUUAUGUUCCCGAUCGCUCGUUGCCAAAGGUAGUCGACCCUGCUCUACGCAAGAGAGCUAUUUGUCAACCGGUUCGGAUCUGACCAUCGAAUAUCGACCAAGCCCGAUCGGGACGGCUCGGUUGUAUGGUCCUGCGUCUGCGUUUAAGCUACGGUACGAGUUUGUGGACAACUCGCUAGGUGGUGCUCCACUAGAGCCACUUGUCGCACCCUCAGCUAUGCCUGAACCGGCCGCUCUGGUGCAAUUUCACCCAAAGUCCUGCGAUCGCGUCUUUCGCUCAUCGUCUGCAUCUCGUGGGAUCUUCCGGUCGCCCUCGAACGUGUUCAUGUACGGUCGAGGUGGUUCACCGAAUAUUUCCUGUGUCAUCCGGUUUGAGGCGAGCGCUGGGGAAAGUGUACGUUUGACAAUCACACGAGCCCGCUUUGGAGGCCGCUCGUGCCAGAACAUGCAGAACCGAUCUGGCCGGUGGCACUGCAAUCAUCAUGGCGGACCAGUUUCGGACCUUCGCAUCGGUGAGGUUCCCUGGACAGACGUAGCACCACUUCCACGUGACUGUCUCUGCUCGGACGUCUCCGGUUCGAUCACGUUGGCUCCACUAGCGGCGAGCAUCGUGGAGGUGAAGUUCACCACGCUGCAGAUGGAGGUGGACCAAGACUUUCGUGAUUUUUACUUCGAGGGUCGGUACGAAUUCGCACGGGAUGGUUGCGAGACGGAUUGGUCCGAAAGGCGGUUGCGUGGCCGCAGUGGAGACGCCUUCCUCAAACCAACACCAUGCCCAGCUCUCAUCCAACCGUGGCUGCUUGAACCAGAAACCGACAGCAGCUAUCUGGUGCUGAAGCUUAAAGGUUUCUGGAUGCCACCACUUCUUCAAUCAGCGCCACCCUGUCCAACCGACGCUCGCAUCACCGUCUACUCGACGAACAACCCACGCAGCUCGCGUGAUCUCUGCCCAUCCGGUCCGGAUGUGGUCGCGUUCUCCGAUGGUUGGGAUCGUGCGUACGAGUUUAGUGCGGCGGAACUUUCCCGAAGCCUGAUCAUCGAGUUCCGAAGCCCACGACGACCACCGCUCGAGCUGGUUGAGUAUCGGUUCUCGUGGAUGGAGAUCUUUCCGGCUCACGAUUGUCCGCACCGUUGCCAGGAACUGCAGGCUUGCAUUCCGGCUGAGCUUUGGUGUGAUGGAAAGGUACAUUGUCCGUCCGGACAGGACGAAAGCCCAACUGAGUGUGAUCUACGGCUACCAUUGUCACCAUUGCACGUGGGUUUGGCCGCAGCUACACUCACGCUUGUGCUUUCGCUAGCCGCCGGUUUGACGGCUUGUGCACGACGACGGCGUGGUGAAAAGAAACACCUGCAAAGCGUGCAUCUGGAUGCGGCACAAGGCCGCAGUGGGUACCACGGAGGUCACCCGGGACCAGGAUAUCCGCACGCUAACCAUCAUCUAUCGGCGAGCCACGGGCUGGCACCGCUGUACCUUGACCCUUCUAAGGAUAGCUUCUGUUGA